AAGAAUUUUUGGUACGUCAAGAUGGCGGCGUCCGUAUUAAACACCCUGCUGAGGCGGCUUCCUAUGCUUUCUCUCUUCCGAGGUGCCCACAGAGUUCAGGUUCCCCUCCAGACUCUUUGCACCAAACCUCCCUCUGAGGAAGAUUCUUUGUCCCCAGGUCCCAUUUCUCCUUAUAAGGAUGAACCCUGGAAAUACCUGGAAUCAGAAGAAUACCAGGAGCGAUAUGGUUCUCGCCCUGUCUGGGCUGACUACCUCCGCAACCACAAGGGUGGUGUACCCCCACAGCGGACUCGGAAAACAUGUAUUCGUGGGAAUAAAGUUGCUGGGAAUCCCUGCCCCAUCUGCCGAGAUCACAAGUUGCAUGUUGACUUUAGGAACGUGAAGCUCUUGGAACAGUUUGUCUGCGCCCACACGGGUAUCAUCUUCCAUUCUCUAUACACAGGAGUCUGUGUGAAGCAGCACAAGAAGUUGACCCAGGCCACCCAGAAAGCCAGGGAUCAUGGUCUCCUCAUUUACCACAUCCCCCAGGUUGAACCACGGGACCGUGACUUCAGUACCUCUCAUGGGGCUGUGAGUGCUACUCCGCCAGCCCCCACCCUGAUCUCAGGUGACCCCUGGUACCCAUGGUACAACUGGAAACAGCCACCAGAGAGAGAACUGUCACGCCUUCGCCGGCUUUACCAGGGUCAUCUCCGAGAAGAGAGUGGCCCCCCACCUGAGUCAAUGCCCAAGAUGCCCCCUACAGCACCAGCGGAAGCCUCCUUCACUGGGCAGACAGACCCUCAGAGUGCUCUGUAGGAGCUGUAGACUGGGAAGAGAGGCCAGGCAUGGUGGCUUAACAAAACAAUACAGAAAUUAGCUGGGUGCGGUGCUGCACACCUGUAGUCCCAGCUAUUGGGGAGGCUAAGGGAGGAUCACUUGAUCCCAGGAGGCGGAGGUUGUCAUGAGUUGCAGUUGCACCCCUGCACUCCAGCCUGGGUGACAAAGCCAGACCCUGUCUCAAAAAAAAAAAAAAAAAGGGAAGAGAGCCAGAGGGACUAGGAGAUAAUGUGUAUGUAGGUUUAUGUAGGUUUAUAUGAUGGGAUAUCACCCUGAAGAGUUGUGUCUUUUGUAGCCAAUGACAAAUCCAGGAAAUAAAUGAAUGUUGCUGAUAGGGAUAAAUCUUGAGGCUGAGGGAGGGCAAGACAGAUGUGUAUGGGAAACCCCAACCCCUAUAUAUUGUAAAUAGAUGGGCUGGGCUAAACAUUGUUGCUGUUUCAGACUUACACCAACUCAGCUUUUACACAAUAAAGCUCUACUCUCCUGUCAAAAAAAAAAAAAAAAAAA